CUACACCAAUCUCCACAGCCUCAGCUUCUCCACAACACACAGCCCGAGUCGCCCCUAGCAACAACAACCAACCCCGCACUCCAAUCAGCGCGGCAGACGGUGUCGACGUCACUUCCGGCGGCUGUAGCUGGGCUAGGCUUUGAGGAUCCGUCCGGAGGAAGCGGGGCGGCCAUCUUGGAUGGUGUAGUAGUAGCGGCACGGAGGGGGCAGAGCGCUGUAUCUGGGGCGGAUAAGACAUUACAUAUCGCCCCCCUCCAAAUGUCCAUAGGGGUCCGUGGAGCGAGGAGCGGGACGUUUACCACGACAGCGGAGUCACCCGUCAGCCCGCCCCUCGGUGUGUGCGGCUCGGGGAGUCCGUGAGCCUCGCCCCGGUGACAUUACAUCUCAUACAGGGCCUGUUGUACCGAGAGGUCCGGUGUCUGUACUGGCCACUGUUCCCGGUGAUGUGUCUAUAGAGGAUAAUGGAGCAGGCCGCCGUAUAAUCCCCAUGUAUAGAAUGUGCCCACAGGAGAAAACGGUGAACAACUGAGUGUGAACACUGCCCUCCCCUCAUCCCUGCCCUAACCCCGGGUUCACAGCCCGGCCUCACAGCACAGCACAGGGGCCGACAGGGAUCCGCACCAUGUCCACCAGAACCCCCCUGCCCACGGUGAAUGAGCGGGACACGGAGAACCACACGUCUCAUGGAGACACUCGGCAAGAUGUCCCGUCCCGGCCUGGCCGUUCUGGAGCACGAAACAGGAACUCUAUAGCCUCCUGCGCCGAUGAGCAGCCCCACAUUGGUAACUACAGGCUCCUAAAAACAAUUGGCAAAGGAAAUUUUGCAAAAGUAAAACUGGCUCGGCACAUCCUCACCGGCAGAGAGGUCGCAAUAAAGAUAAUUGACAAAACCCAGUUAAAUCCAACUAGUCUGCAAAAGCUCUUCAGGGAAGUACGAAUAAUGAAGAUUUUGAAUCAUCCUAAUAUAGUUAAAUUAUUUGAAGUAAUUGAAACGGAAAAAACACUCUACUUAAUAAUGGAGUAUGCAAGUGGAGGGGAAGUGUUCGACUAUCUGGUUGCACAUGGAAGAAUGAAGGAAAAGGAAGCCCGAGCCAAAUUCCGGCAGAUUGUAUCUGCGGUGCAGUACUGUCAUCAAAAACACAUUGUUCACAGAGACCUAAAGGCAGAAAACCUGUUACUGGAUGCAGACAUGAACAUAAAGAUAGCAGACUUUGGAUUUAGCAACGAGUUUACGGUCGGCAACAAACUGGACACUUUUUGUGGGAGUCCACCAUACGCCGCUCCAGAGCUCUUUCAGGGCAAAAAGUAUGAUGGUCCUGAGGUAGACGUCUGGAGCUUAGGAGUUAUUCUGUACACUCUGGUCAGCGGAUCCUUACCCUUUGAUGGACAAAACUUAAAGGAAUUAAGGGAAAGAGUGCUGCGGGGAAAAUACAGAAUUCCCUUCUACAUGUCAACAGACUGUGAAAACCUCCUUAAACGUUUCCUGGUGCUAAACCCAACCAAAAGAGGCACUCUAGAGCAAAUAAUGAAGGACAGAUGGAUUAACGCGGGACAUGAAGAGGAUGAACUUAAACCAUUUGUUGAGCCGGAGCUUGAUAUAGCAGACCAGAAACGAAUAGAUAUAAUGGUUGGAAUGGGUUAUUCAAGAGAAGAGAUUCAAGAAUCUCUUAGCAAGAUGAAAUAUGAUGAAAUCACAGCUACAUAUUUGUUACUUGGAAGAAAAUCAUCUGAGUUGGAUGCCAGUGACUCCAGUUCUAGCAGCAAUUUGUCACUUGCUAAAGUCAGGCCAAGCAGUGAUUUGAACAAUAGCACUGGACAGUCCCCUCUCCAUAAGGUGCAGCGAAGCAUCUCUUCCAGCCAGAAACAGAGACGGUACAGUGAUCAUGCUGGCCCUGCCGUUCCUGCUGUUACAGCAUACCCAAAACGAAGCCAGACAAGCACCACAGACAAUGAUCUGAAAGAAGAGGUACAAUCCCGAAAAUCAAGUAGUAGUGCGGUUAGUGGGCGAGGAGUCACUCCUCCUAGCCCGAUGCUUGGCAAUGCAAACAACCCAAAUAAAGCAGAUAUCCCUGAUCGGAAGAAGAGUUCAGUUGUUCCCAGUAAUAAUUCGACAUCUAGUGGAAUGACCCGUCGUAACACUUACGUGUGCACUGAGCGCGCCUCCACAGAUCGACAUUCGGUCAUUCAAAAUGGCAAAGAAAACAGCACAAUCCCUGAUCAAAGAACAUCCGUGGCCUCAACGCACAGCAUAACAAGCACCACUACUCCAGACCGCAUGCGCUUCCCUCGAGGAACCGCCAGCCGAAGCACUUUCCACGGCCAGCUCCGUGAGCGACGCACUGCAACCUACAAUGGACCACCCGCCUCACCCAGUUUAUCUCAUGAAGCCACUCCUCUGUCACAGACUCGAAGUAGAGGCUCUACUAAUCUUUUUAGUAAAUUAACUUCAAAAUUAACUAGAAGAAACAUGUCAUUCAGAUUUAUAAAAAGGCUCCCGACUGAAUCUGAAAGAAACGGGAGAUAUGAGGGCUCCAGUCGUAAUGUGUCAGGGGACCAGAAAGAUGAGAACAAAGAGUCAAAGCCACGGUCGCUGCGGUUUACCUGGAGCAUGAAAACCACCAGUUCCAUGGAUCCCAGUGACAUGAUGCGUGAGAUUCGCAAGGUUCUAGAUGCCAACAAUUGUGACUAUGAGCAGAGAGAGCGCUUCUUACUCUUCUGCGUCCACGGUGAUGGCCACGCCGAAAAUCUUGUCCAAUGGGAGAUGGAAGUGUGCAAACUGCCAAGGCUCUCUCUGAACGGGGUGCGCUUCAAGCGGAUAUCUGGGACAUCAAUAGCUUUCAAAAACAUUGCUUCCAAAAUUGCCAAUGAGUUAAAACUGUAAAAUAAGGAAAGGGGGGGGGAUUGGGCGAACAAUCAAGUUGUAAAUUACGUAGCAAUUCAAAAAGUGUUUUCCCGGAGAACACUGGUUUAAUGUAUAGAAUUAUUUAGGCAAUAAUUCCUGCAUCUCCUGAAAUCAUGAUAUUACAAAUGGAACAAGCUGCUGGAACGGGGAGAGUUGGACUUUUUUUUUUAUUUUAUAUAAAUAUAUAUAUAAGUGCACUACAGCAUUAAAGUUGCCUACCAUGUAAAUUAUUUACUUUAUGGCUUUUUUUCUGUUUAUAAUGAUUGUUGCAGCCUAAUAUAUUUCCGUAUUGAUAUCCAUCAUGUAUGUAUGUGCAAGUAUGGAUGUUAUGUUUGCGUUAAGAACACAAUUGUUUACCCCACCCCAUAAAAAUAGCUGUUUAACGCAGGCCUCCUUUAACACCAAUAUUUUUUUUUAUUUUUUUAUUUUUUUUUACACUCCUUAGAUUGCGCAAGUGUCAACUGCACAUGUCAUUUGACAGUAUUUUUAUUGUUCCUGUGGGAAGGCUAAAAGAAAAAUUCAGUGACGAAGUUUGAGAAUUGUAACUUAUGCGCGUGAUGAUGGCAGCAAAUAA